GCACCGAGACUGUCACUGCGUUGGCACCUGUAAAUUCUGUUUUCUUUUUUUAAAGAAGCAAAAAGAACUCAACAAGUGCCCACGAGAACUAGUACGUGAGUGAGAGCAUUUGAUAUUGCAGAAACUUCAUCGGUCCCUAUCCAGCUGCGCAGAGGGAGACUCCGUACCACCACACAUCUGGUCACAGGCCUGAUUGGACCCGAUUCUCCAGUUCUGCUUUGGGCCAUGGUGCAUCAUAAUUUAGCCGGUGCAAUAUGAGCAUCACUCCCACCACCACCCUUGAGAGCCAGCUAUCCACUACCUGGAGCCCAAACGCUUACCCUGAUGUUUCAAUGAUGCCCAGUUACACAAGUCGCCUGUGGUCACAUGACUCCCAGCCUCAGUACUGGAGCAAGUACCAAGUGUGGGAGUGGCUGCAGCAGGUGAUGGACAUGCACCAGAUCGAUGCCUCCAACAUUCCCUUCCAGAGCUUUGACGUGGAUGGCCGCCAGCUCUGUAGCAUGAGCUACCAGGACUUCAUCCGCGUUGCUGGAAACGUGGGACCCAUCCUCUUUCAUAGCCUUACAGAGCUCAAAUGGGGUGGACAGCACCUUGUAGACCUAGGGCAACUUGACAUCAAGCCAACAGAAUUAGAUUUUUCUUGUUCAUUUCCUGAGACCAGCUAUCCACCUGCAGAAAUCUAUGAUCCCUCACUUCAACCCCUUCCACCUGUUGAAUCACCAACUCCAUCAAGCCCUGACAUUAAAAGGUCUUACACACGCCCUUAUCAGGUCAAAAAACACAAUCCUAGAGGAACACACUUGUGGGAAUUCAUCAGGGACAUUUUACUGAACCCAGAGCGCAACCCAGGACUCAUCAAAUGGGAGGACCGCACAGAGGGUGUGUUUCGUUUCCUAAAGUCAGAGGCUGUGGCCCAGUUGUGGGGUAAAAAGAAGAAUAACAGCAGCAUGACAUAUGAGAAGCUAAGUCGUGCAAUGAGAUAUUACUACAAAAGGGAAAUCCUAGAACGAGUGGACGGACGCAGACUGGUUUACAAAUUUGGAAGGAAUGCAAGAGGAUGGCGGGAGUCAGAGUGAAUCAACUGAAAAUUGAAUUAAUUUAUGUUUUCUUAAAUUUGUGUGUAUUUGAUUGAAAAGAACCUUUUUGUCUUAUAAGUUAAUGUUUUUGUUAAGUUUUAAUAAGAUAUAUUUGAACGGUUUACAUUGCUGGAAAUUGUACUUUUGCCUCAGUGAAAUUUCCUGUUUCUUUUUGGUCCCUUUGUGAUGACUCUGCACUGGGAUUAUAUUUAUUAGGCCAAAAAAAAAAAAAACUUUACUGAAUCCACCAGCAAAGUAUCAAUCAAACCCCACCUACAUUUGUUUACAUGAGGUCUCACAGGAGGAAAGUAUGUGAAAACUGUCAAAAAAACUAACAGAAGUUGUGUCUCUACUCCCACAUCUCUCACAGUUGCAAAAUCUGAAACCAAAUACAAGUCUUAAGGUGGGAAGAGCAGAUAUAGGAUUCAAAUCACCAUACCUCUGGUGGAAAAAAAGGAUACGUGUGUGUGUGUGUGUGUGUGUGUGUAUAUGUGUGGGUGGGUGUGUGUGGGUGGGUGGGUGUAUAUAACACUCAACAGUAGGGAAAGUGCUCAACAAAUAAGGAGCAAAAUAAUCCAGUUGGUCAAGUAAAUUCUUUAUGAGACAGCCAUGUACACACAUUAUAUGUAUCCAUCCAUCCGUCCUUUAUCCGAACCGCUUAUGCUGCUCUCAGGGUCGCGGGGAUGCUGGAGCCUAUCCCAGUAGUCAUUGGGCAGCAGGCGGGGAGACACCCUGGACAGCCCGACAUAUAUAUAGAUAUACAUAUAUAAAAAAAUGUGUGUAGACCUUUUGCAUAUUGAUACUGUGAAGCUGAAUGUUUGAUUGCAGCAAACACACAGUCAGCAUGCCAUAAGCACAACACAGUAAAACUAUUGGACAAUAAAUGGUUGGUGGAAAAAAAAACAGCUAGUACAGUAGCACAUAAACUUUGUGUGACAAUAAAAUUUCAAUUGUUGGUAUGUGUCAUUUUAGUAGCUCCAUCCUUUGCAUUCGCCAAUUAACAACACUGACCUGUAGAAAGAAUUAUGUUAAUGCCUGGUAUGAUGGCCAAUAAUUGUCUUAUGCUGUUUUUAUUAAAGAUCUUUU